UACCCAAAAAGCAUGGAAGGUGGAGAGAAUCUAGAAAAUGUGGAAAUUAAUAAUUAUAAUAUUAAUAAAACAAUACCCAUAUCUUUCACAUCCUCAAAAAACCAGAAAAAUAAAAAUAUAAAAUAAAUAUAAAAUUUCAAAAAUAAAAAAAAAUAAAAAUGAAAGCUUUAUUAGAGAAAGCAAGGUAUAUAGAAUAAUGGCAGACCACAAGUUGACAAAAUUGAAGUCAUUGUUGUUCUUGAAGAAGUCAUGAGUUGCUUUUCUAUAGGGAAGAUCUUCUAUCUGGGUUGUGGGAUCUCUCUAUUUUCUCAUCAGAUUCUGGCUCAGCAAAUCUGAAUUUUUUUUUUUGAUUUUUUAUAUAAAAAUAUUAUUUUUGAGGUUGAUCUAAGCUUUCUUUAAUGGUUGUUCAGAUAAACCCACUUGGCUUUUUGAGGUAGCUGUGUUUGUCUUUUAGGUUAAUGGGGUUUUCUGGUUUUUUAUUAUUGCUCACUCAACUGUUCUUGUUCUUGUUCUUCUCUCUGUUGCGGCUCUGAAAUAAUUUAUGGGUUUCUUUUGCCAAGUUCGUUGAAUUUAGGAGAAGCUUUCUGAUAAGCUUUUUUUUUAUACUUAUGAGAUUCAGGAAUGGGAACUGAAGUACAAUCAAAGAUGUAUCUACCGGGAUAUUAUUCCACAAAAGACAUAAGCAAUAAUAAGGCUAGCUAUGGUGGUUGGUCUUUGCAUCAUGAAAGUAGUUCUUCGAAGAAUGGCCAGCAUUAUGCCAUGUUUUCGUCUAAACCAGCAAUGGAGGGAAUGGAUUAUUAUGCAUGUGAUAAGGAAAAGUUGAGACAAACCAUAUUGAAGCAUGAAUCCAUAUUGAGACAUCAGGUCCAUGAACUCCAUCGUCUUUACAAAAUACAAAGAGACAUGAUGAAUGAAUUCCAAAGCAAAGAACAAACCAAACAUUUGAUACCUAGUGGGACAUCCCAAUCAAGUUUGUUUCCGUCUGGAUUUUCAACUGAAGACGAUAAAAGAAGUUGGUACAUCUCAAAUUUGUCCGGGUCUAGUUCUGUUUGUGGUAGACCUUCUUCGUCUAGCGCUGAUGUGAUUCAAACUCAUCAAAGUUCUAUGCAUGAGAGGACCACUUUGUCCACCUAUGGUCUCAACCAAAACAGUGCAAGGUUGAAAGAUUGUGAAUCUUUGGAUUUCAAAUGCAAGAAGACUCAAAGAAGAUUGUUUGAUCUUGAAGUUCCUGCUGAUGAGUAUGUAGAUGAUGAAACCGAACCGGAUGGAGAAGUUGAAAUGUCAAGAACAGAAAGUUGUCUUAUUAACAAUAGUAGUGAAGUUACUCUAGCUGCAGACAAAAAUGUGUUCAAUCAUACUGAUGAUAAUGGUAAUAAGUUGACAUGUAAUCUGUAUCCAAGGAGAACCCAUUACUUGGCUGAUCUGAAUGAACCCAUAGAGGUUGAGGAAGUGGCAGCAUCAGCUUCUGUUGAUACUAUGGGCGACAAAACUCGACCUGAAUCGACACAGGCAUACUCAGCCCAAAUUGAAAGUAAGAGAUCUAUCAGUGAUAGAUUUCAUCUUCAAGAUUUCCGGAAACCAUGUGACAUGUCUAAAGCUGAAGCUAGUAAAACCAAUGAGUUUGUUACAUGUAUCCCUUCUGAUCCGAAUACUGCAGGGAAGCAGAUUACAAGGAGAAUAUUUGGUGUAGAAGUCUCCGAAGAAAAUAAUAAUUCGUCUGUUUUUGCUCCUCCCAAAGGAAUUAAUCUACAGAACAUGUCAUCUGUUCCUAAAUCUGACGCAGCCAAAUCUGAUUUAUCAUCCAUUUCAUGCUUCAACCAGAACAUGAUUUCAUUUCAAGGUGGUGCUCAAUAUGAUCCUCAAGGAUACCAGUCAGGUCCAAGAAAUGAGCCCAGGAAAAUGGAGGCACCACAAGGAGGAUUGCCUUGGCUCAGAAAAGCACCACCUGUUAAUAGCAAAUCUCUAAAAGAAGAAAGUGAAGGAUCUCAUCAGAUGAAAAUCGACUUCACACAAAGCUAUUCUAAGCAGCAGUGCCUGAACCAAACUGACACGAGGAGGGGUCCGUCACAGAGUCCUAUUCAGGAUUCUUGGUUGACAACACGUGGCCAUGAUACUGAGCACCGAAAAGCUGGAACAAGUGACUGCUCAAGUGUUAAAAGGAUUCUUGGUGUUCCCAUUUUUGACUUCCCAUCAACACAUGGUUCUGUUUCAUCUGUCUCUGGUAAUAAUAGUCCUAUCAAUGUUGGGUCAGUCAAAAGUGAUUUGGCUUGUGAUUCUGUAUCACCUAGAUCUCAAGAGCAGCUCAAAGUCAUCGACUCGAGGAAGGAAGUCGAGAAAGACAGGUCUUAUGUGAGACAUGAAAUAGACUUAAAUGAGUGUAUAACCGAGGAAGAAGAAGAUCAAGUGACUCCAGCAGUUUCAGUUGCAAAACCCACAACUGGGAUAGAUUUGGAGGCUCCAGUUAUUGUGGACUCAGAAACUGGGAUUACUUCUGAGGAAGAAUCUCAAGAAAGCGAACUGACAAAGCCUUUGCCUCAUGAUAAAAUCGAUGAGCUUGCAGCAGAGGCUUUAAUUGCCAUUUCUUCAGUUCAUGUAGAUUAUCUGCAUGACGACAGUGCUACACUCGAUCUUCAAUCGGAUUCUUCCCUCGAUAAUUCCCUUCUCUGGUUUGCAGACUUCGUCUCAUCGUAUGAUGAGACAGGUACAAAUAAGACUAAUGUAUGUGAUGAAGAGUCAGUUCCUGAUGACAUUGAUGACUUUGAGUACAUAAUACUAAAUCUUCCAGAAACCAAAGUGGAAGAGUGCUGUUACCAGCCUCAGAUUUCGGAGAAUCUAGAUAAUCUGAAGGAAGAAGACACACCAGCAACAAGAAGGCCUAGAAGAGGUCACGCCAGGCGGGGGAGGCAAAAGAAGGAUUUCCAAAGAGAUGUUCUACCUGGUUUGGUGUCUCUGUCAAGAAAUGAGGUGACUGAGGAUCUCCAGAUAAUUGAAGGGAUGGUUAGAACCACUGGCGGGACUUGGCAGCCCAGUUUGACAACGAGAAAUGGCGGUAAAAAUGGUGGUGGGAGAGGGAGGAGGAGGUGUGCUCCAUCUCCUCCAGCUCCCGUCGCUGCAGCUUGCAAUGUACAAGCUCAACAACCUGAUUCUAAGGAGUCGGGACUCGAUGAAAGUAGCCUUACUGGGUGGGGGAAGAGGACAAGGCGCCCCCCGAGGCAGAGGUGUCCAUUGAGUAAUUCGCUUCUCCCUCUCAAAUGAGCUCAAAAAGAGAAAAGAGAAAAAAAAUAUUAUCAAUGUGAGACUCUUAUGUCGUCGUCUCAAGGUGGUGGUGAUUCUUUUAUUUUUGAUUCACCAGUCUUGAAUCGGAUCACAACAAGUGGUUAGCUCAUUAUUUAAACAGAAUGUUGGUUUGAAUAAUCGAGUUAAAAGAUUUACGAUGAUGUUUUAUUUUGAAAUCAAUUAAUGAUGAGUGGAGUGACUCGUAUUUUUAUAAAUGUGUCAAAAACGUUCUCAUAUUUACUCUUGUCUUUUUAUGCCAAGAAGUUCUUCAAUGUAAAUGUGUACUCCUAAUUUGACUUCUUAGACUUUCUUUUCUUUGGUAUUUUUAUUAAGUGAAUUUGUAUGGUUCAUCUUAAA